AUGAAUUUGCGAGAACCAAGAAAGAAAAAACGAAUAAAGUUGAAACCACAGUUUCCGUUUCCUAUUCCAUUGGAUGAAACACAAGAAUGGCCAGUGUACACAGCACAUCUCACAGAUAUGGGGUCAUGCAUAAUUGAACCUGAAGAGAUCAAUGCAGUGCAUUCUAUGGGAUUUUUUGGUAAAGGAUCAUUGUCACGCAGUUAUCCAUCCUUUGGUAAAGCGAGAUACGGAACACCGCCAGUUGUUCGGAACAGACAGUGGCUUCGUAGGCAAAAUUGGCUAAAAGAAGUCAAGGAGUUGAACUCUGCCUCUUCCAACUAUGAAGUGAAAAUCUGUGAUAUCGCAGAUGUUAAAAUAAGUGCCAAAUGCGAAGAGGAAAAUGUCUCGGAUAACAAGGAAGAGAAUAUCGGAGAUAUCAUCGAGAUUCCACUGAAUUGCAAUGAGAAUAAAAAUAAACAAAGAAACGAAAACGAAGUCAUAAAUGAUAUAGAAAUUGACGAAGUUGUUCUAGACUCUGCAGAGGAAGACGACGUAUGUGUCAUUAUUAAUAAUCAAAAGUUUGACAAUAACAAAAGUUCACCAAAACCUAACGAUGAUAAGAACUGCUCAGAAGAGAAGAAAGAGGAGGAAGAACUUUGUGAAUUAAACUAUUACGAUUUCAAAAACGAUUGCGCGAAUGAGGAUGAUAAUCAGCAUGGAAAGCUGUUGGUUUUGCCAGACAGUGACUCGGAUACUGAGAACUAUUUGAAAGAUAUUAAGCCAAGAAUCGAGAGCGAAGGUUUCCCCAUUCGAGAGGCUCUGCGUCUAACAUUUGAGGAAACCUUUUUUCUUCUCUUUGGAUUAGGUUGCCUUCAAGUGGUUCACUUUGACGGCAGUCUGUUGGACAUUAAUAACGCAUGGUUGUACUUUUGCAAGGAGAAACCAGAUUUCUUACAGAAAUAUGUGGUUUAUCAUUAUUACAGGAGCAAAGGAUGGGUUGUCAAGCCCGGCCUGAAAUAUGGCGGCGAUUUUUGUUAG